UGGUAAAGAGUACUAGCCGUCAUGUAACGCGCGAGGGACUCGUAAAUAUUAAGUUAAACUUAUUGAAUAAUGUUACGAAUUGUUUUGUGAUUCGGAUGAAAUAUCAGUCAAGCGAAGAUGUCGGAUAGCAUAAAAGUUGCGAUUAAAGUGAGACCCUUAAUUAAACGCGAGAAAGACGAAAAUCUGCCGAUACAAUGGAUAGUUCAAGGGAACUCUAUUGUGUCCACGGACACGGAGAUGAAAAAGCGAGGAGAUGGAGGAUUUUGCUUUGAUCAUAUUUUCGACAUGAACACAUCUAAUGCAGAUGUGUUUGACGUUAUUGUGAAACCUAUUGUUGAUGCUGCUGUAAAUGGCUUUAAUGGAACAGUAUUUGCAUAUGGUCAGACAAGUUCUGGCAAAACAUACACAAUGAUGGGUACCUCAGAGGAACCUGGAAUAGUACCACUUGCUAUUGACCACAUGUUUGAUGCUAUUGCAAAUACUGUUGGACGAGAAUUCCUGUUAAGAAUAUCAUAUUUAGAGAUUUAUAAGGAAAAAGUGAAUGAUUUAUUAAAUAAGGAUGGUAUAGACUUGAAAUUAAAAGAAGAUGCUAGUGGACAAGUAAUCUUAAAGUGUAAAGAAGAGAUCACUAAUUGCCCAGAGAACAUGUUGUCUAUAAUGAAGAAAGGAGAUAAGCAUAGAAGAACAGGAGUGACUAAUAUGAAUGAACGUAGCAGUAGAAGUCAUACUAUAUUUAGAAUUACAAUUGAAAGUAGAGAAGCAGGUGGAGAUUCAGAUGGUGCUAUACAAGUGUCUCAGUUAAAUUUAGUUGAUCUUGCUGGUUCUGAAAGGGCACGGCAAACAGGAGCAACAGGAGAAAGAUUUAAGGAGGGACUGCAUAUCAAUUUGUCUCUUUCUACAUUGGGAUUAGUAAUUAUGCAAUUAAGCGAAUCACAGGAUGGACAAAAAUAUGUUAAUUUUCGUGACAGUAAACUAACAAGACUACUGCAGAAUUCUUUAGGUGGUAAUGCUAUGACAGCUAUAAUUUGUGCUGUGACUCCCGCUGCUUUAGAUGAGACUCAUUGCAGUUUAUCAUUUGCAUCUCGAGCUAAAAGUGUAAAGAACAAACCACAAGUUAACGAAGUUAUGUCCGAUGCAGCACUCUUAAAACGUUAUGCAAAACAACUGUCUAAACUCCAGGCAGAAUUAGAAAAAAUAAAAAUUGAAAAUCGAGCUGCCGAGGUUCAAGAAAUGGAGUCUAAAUUACAAGAAAAGGAACGUAUUAAUCAGUUAUUGGAAGAACGUAUAGAAUUACUAAAGACUCGAAUCGUACCCGGGGACACGACAAGCCAGGAGUCGUUUAAGGGCAAUUCUAAAAGGAGACAGACAUGGGGUGGUCCUGGAAUGUUUAAUCAACGUCUAUCUGCUUUCCAGCCUAUAGGAGGUUUACCGACCAUAAAAGAAGUAUCUCUGGAAAAGUCACAUAGAAAGAGCAUUAUUCAAUCUGUUGACCUAAUGAAUCAAACGUUUCAAACAGCCUUUGCUGACUUUGAGUUAGAAUUAUAUGAGACUGAACGGGAGCGAGUGAAUGAUGAUAAUGAUAGCGAUAGCGAAGAGGAACCGUUUAUUACAAAACGUAAACAUCGUGUUACAUUUAAGGAUGAAGUAUGUACAAUUAAAUCUAAGAACAAUGUAAUACUAGAAGAAAUUAAUACACCACAGAAAUGCAACAUAGCAACUCAAACAUCGAGCCAUCAUGCGUCUCCUUCCACACCGAAACAUGUCUUACGACGAUGUAUUAUGGACUUAACAAAACAGUUCGUAGAACUUCGUCAGUUUACGACUUUGGAAAAGCAGCUAAUAUGUCAAGAUAUUCAUGCACAUGAAGAAGAGGGAAUAACGGAAUUGCAAGAAACUGAACAAGGAAAAUUGGCUUUUGAAUCUCAUACAGUAGAAUAUACUCCGGAAGUGAAAGAACGUCUACAAAAUCUAAAUCUUGCAGAAGAGAAAAAUAUGCAACGUAUAAUCAGUGAAUUAUGUGUUAAACUUAUAGAAAUUGAGAAACAAAGUGAUCUGGAAAAAGAUGCAAAUCGAAAAACAAUGAAACAGUUCUCAGAACUGGAGAAACAAAUGCAAAAUAUUAUUUCUGAAAAAAAUGAGUUUGAAUACAUGAGUUGUGAAUUACGAGCAGACUUGAAGAAGAAAACAGCAGAAUUAGAACUAAAGAAUAUAUCCGUGGAAAGUGUAAAAGAAGAAGAAAUGAAGAAAAUCUUGGAGUUAGAGAGACAGCUAAAGAGUAUUACAUCAGAGAAAGAGGAAGUACAACGCAUUAACACUGAAUUACGUACCGAAUCAACGAAGAAGAUUAUAGAAUUGCAAAAUCACAUUGAAAAUAUUACUUCUGAGAGGAAUGAAUUCGAACAUAUGCGUAACGAACUGCGCAAGGAGUUAAACAACAAGAUGGUAGAACUAGAAACACUAAAAAACGAUCCGGAGACUGCGAGUACAGAAAUGAUAUCAAACAUUCGAGACUUAGAGAAAGAAAUCGAAAAGAUGACAUCUGAAAAAGUCAAAUUGGAACAAACUACUGUCGAUUUAAGAGCUGAAUUGAGUCAGAUGUCUUCGGAUAUGGAAUCGAAAAUUAUUUCAGAGCAAACUGCAAAGCAAGAUGCGUUUAUAAAAAUUUCUGAAUUGAAACAGCAGAUUGACAAUACUACUAUGGAAAAAAAUGAAUUUGAACGUAUUACGGUGGACUUGAGAACUCAAUUAGAUCAAAAGACCACUGAUUUGGAAUCAAAAAUUGUUGUAGAACAGAUUGCAAGUCAAGAAGCUCUGAAGAAGAGUUCCGAGUUUGAAGAGCAACUAAAGGAUAUCAUCAUCGAGAAACAGGAACUUGAAAAUACUAACGUCGACUUAAAGACACAAUUGGAUAAAAAGAUUACCGAUUUAGAAUCAAAACUAGUAGCAGAACAGAUUGCAAAUGAACAAGCUCAGAAGAAGAAUUGCGAGUUUGAAGAGCAACUAAAGAAUAUCAUCAUCGAGAAACAGGAACUUGAACAUACUAACGUCGACUUAAAGACACAAUUGGAUCAAAAGAUUACCGAUUUGGAAUCGAAAAUAAAGGAUAAAUUGAAAAACGAAAUACAAUUAGCAGAAACUGAAAGUCUAAGGGCAAUGGAAAAGAUGUCCGAAUUAACCAAACAAAUUAAAGAUAUAACAAUACAGAAAGAUGAAUUUGAAUGUAUUAAUACCGAGUUACGGACUGAAUUAAAUCAGAAGAUUUCUGAAUUGGAUGUAAGAGUUGCGCUAGAACAAACUGAGGGCCAUGAUGCAGUGAAAAAGCUGUUCGAAUUUGAAAAACAUAUAGCGAACAUAACAUCUGUAAAGAUUGAAUUGGAAGAGAAACUAAAAUUGAGGGAAACUGAACACCAAAAGACAGUGGAGAAAAUUUCUGAACUGGAAAAGCAAAUUGAAAAUAUAACAACUGAGAAGAAUGAGAUUUUACGCGUUAAUAAUGAAUUGUGUGCUGAAUUAAGCCAGAAAUCGUCAGAAGUAGAGGCAAGUGCGACAUCGGAAAAAAAUGAAAUUGAGCAGAUGGUGAAGAAAAUUGACGAGUUAGAAAAGCAAAUUGUUACUGCAACAGCUGAGAAAAGUGAGCUGGAGCGUAUUAAUAUCGACUUACGUACUAAAUUGAAUCAAACUACGGAAUCGACAGCAACAGUAACAACGGAGCAGACUGAGGAUCAGAAUCAGAAAGCGACCGAAAAAAUUUCUGAACUAGAAAAACAGAUUGAAAGUAUUAUUUCUGAAAGAACUGAAAUGGAACAUAUUAAUAGUGAACUGCGCAUUGAAUUGAGUCGGAGGUCUUCUGAAUUGGAGAUUAAAACAUUAGAACAAAUGGAAGCUUUGAAAGCAAAGGAAAAAAUUUCAGAACUAGAAAAUCAGAUCGAAAGUAUAAAAUCCGAGAAAGAUAUACUACAGCGUAUUAAUACUGAGAUAAGUCAAAAGGUUUCUGAGUUUGAAUCGAAGACUGAAACAGAGCAAGCUUCAAGUCAGAAUGCAAUACAGAAGAUCUCUGAGUUAGAACAACAGAUUAAAGUCUUUAUGUCCGAGAAAGAAGAGUCCAAAUGUAUUAGCGACCGAUUACAAAUGGAAUUAAAUGAAAAAACUUACGAAAUGGAAUUGAAACAUACAUCAGAACAGGUUGUACUUAAGGAAACAAUGGAAAAAAUUUCCGAGUUGGAAAAACAAAUGGAAAAUAUAAUCCUCGAAAAACAGGAAGUCGAACGCGUUAAUUCUGAAUUACGCGAAAUACUAGAUAAAAAUAUUGCAGAAGUAGAUCUCAGAAACGAGGGUAAUUGUAUCAAUGAAGACGAUAAUUUGAGAAAUUAUACAACGAACUUGCAGAAUACAGUCACAAACAUUCAAAUCGUGGAUCAAAACCUACAAGAUCAGUUAGAGGACCAAUCUUUUAUGUCUUAUUCAAGAUUUAAUGAAAGUACUGCGGACACUUCAACUCUGAUGUUGAACAUGGAGGCAGAAAAGAGCCAAAUGGAAGAAACGCUUUACUUAAAGAGUCUGGAAUUGGAUGAAAUAAAGAGUGAUGUCCACAGUCUUAGACAAGACAUAGAGAGUCUGCAAAAAACCAUUUAUUUGCUGACGACUGAGAACACGGAAAUGGCUACAAAACUAACUACCGAACAGGAGAAUGCAAAACAAGCAGAACUUAAUCUUCAAAACACGAUCGAUGAACUUUAUGCUCGCAUUUCUCAAGUUACAAAUGAGAAAAUUAAUUUAGAAAGCGAUUUAGCAGCUUUAAAUGAUCAAUUAGAGUCCAUGCGUUCAAGAACACCGGAAACUUACAACGACGAAGAACUGCUUGCAUCUUAUCAAAAGAAAAUUGAUAAAUUAACAACUGAAAAUAUUGAACUAUCAUCUUCGAUUGCUGAAAAAAACAAGGAACUAGAGAGCAUUAAAGAAAGUAAGUCACUCUUGUAUGAUCAUGAAUGUAUGUACAAAGAAAAAGUAGCUGUUCUCACAAAAACGAAUGAAUGUUUACAAUCAGAAAAUGAUGAACUCUCCACCGACUUAAUAGAUAAAAUAGAGGAAAAUGAUUUGCUGAAGGAACAGUGUGACAUAUUAAAGAAGAAGAUAGAACAGUCUCUAGCAAUGAAUGAGAAUCCUUCUGAACACGAUAUGGAACAUUUAAGAUCAGAAAAUAACGUGCUGAAGACUGAAAUAGUAGAAUUGAAAACAAAAGUGACAAUACUAUCCGAAGAAAAUACAAAAUUCUCGAAUAAUCUAUUGGAAACCAUGAAUGAUCUUGAUAGUUCUCGAAAUGAAAAAUCCUAUCAUGAUACAUCAUAUUCAUCAGCAGUAUUCAGUGAAAACGCAGAGAAUGCACAGGAAAUUGUAUUGGAAAAUGAUACUAAAGUCCUUGAAUGUAAAGUUAAAAUGUUACAGCAGAAAGUCAAUCAUCUGAUUCGCUUAAAUACUAAGCUGAGCGACUUGAAAUUGACAUCCUGCAGUCGAUGCGCUCAUUUGAAGAACAUGAAUGAGAGUCGAAGAGCUCUGAAACUCGAAGCGAAGGCAUUGAAUCACAAGUUGGAAGAUCUCCAAAGGAAGUUCGAUCGUAAAUGUGAAGACACCGAAAUACUGAGGAAUAAGAUGAAUCAAGAUUUAAAUUUAAGUGGACACGACGCCUCAGCGAAUGUCAGCUUUGUGGAUGAAAUGAAUGUGAGCUUCGUGGAGGAGAGAAUUCAGAAUUUGAAUGAUGAACUGCAAACGUUGAAAGCAGAUCAUGAUAAGUUGACAGUCUUAUACGAAGAUAAAUGCAACGAACUUGAACAACUUCAGAACGACAUGAUUGUGGACGCAAUAGGUGUCAAUUCCACGCCGAAGAAGUCUUCCAAUAAAAAAGGUUUCAGACUGGAACAAAUGCAGAAUCACAUUGACCGGCUAAAAGAAGACAUAGACGAAAUGAAGAAGAACAGUACAAGUUUCACCGCCACGCUCAACCAGUUUAGAACUGAAAAGGCAAAUCUAUUAGAUGAAAUUAAUACUUUAAAAGCUAGUAAUGAUGAACUGCGACAGAUAAUGUCUGGCAAUGAGAACUCCGCAGCGGAAAAGGUGCAAGUUCUGGAAACUGAGUUAACCAACAUGAGUAGGGAAAUUGAGCAAUUGUCCAUACGAGAAAAGGAAUUUGAAAGCCGGAGGUUGAUCCUAGAAGUAGAAUUAGAAGACUUGAAAAUUGAUCGAGAAAAUAAGAAUGCUUUGAUUAAUCAAUUGAACGAGCGUAUUUCUUCUUUGAAAAAUGAUUUAGAUUUAGUUACCAGUCAAAACAAUGAGUUAAUUAUGUCAAAAGCAACGAAUAAUAAAUACAGAGAAGAAUUAGAGUUAUUAAAGAGACAAUGCGAGGAGGAAUUACAAAACGAGAAGGUACGAAGCAAGGAGUUGGAGCAACACGCCGUAAGAAAAAUCAAAGAGCUGGAAGCGCAUAUAGAAAACCUUCAAGCAAACAUAAUGCAACAAGAAUGUCUAUAUAAAGAACUGCAAGGGAAAGGUCUUUACGUCGAAAAUCUUCUGCGGCAAAGCGAAGAGGAGAAACGUGUUUUGCUAGAAAAAUUGCAAACAACUGAAGCAGAACUACUUGAUUUUAAAAGCAACGUAGAAACGAGGUAUAGAACUGAACUCCAUUCAGUGUCCACACAAUACGAACAUCGUAUCAAAGAAUCUGAAGGUAAUCUAGAAAAGCUCAACGAUACACUAAACAAAUUCAUUGAUGAGAAUCUAAACUUGAAACAAGAGCUUACCAGACUAAGAAACAUCGAAGAAAAGAUCAAUCAAGUAACAAAUGAAAGUGAACGUGUGUUUGAGAAGGAAAAAGUGUUAACGAGUGACAUCGAAAAACUCAACGAAGAAUUAAGUGAUAUCAGAAUUUGUAUCACAAAAGAGUUAAGGUCACUCAAGUGCGAUGUAAAUUCGGCGGAUCUUUCAAACAAAUCUGUGAAUGAGAUCUUCAUGAUCUUGCUGCAGACUCUGGUGACAAAAGAACAAGAAAUGAUUAAAACUAUAAGGGAAACAUUUGAAAAAGACAAAAAGAUACUAGUAGAUAAGAUGCAGCAAAGCGCAGAUACAGAGAAACGUACAAUAACAUGGGCGAAAGAAUUGGAAGCAGAAAUUGAAAAACUGCAAACAGAACUGGCGGAACGGGAACAUGUUCAUAAGGAGUAUCAAAACAAGAUUUCUCAACUGGACCAUCUCCUAAGAGAAAGUACUCAUGAGAAUGAAAUUCUUAAUGAAAACAUGAAGGCGCUUGAAACAGAUUUUCACAAUCUGCAAACAGAAUUCGACAAGCAAUGUAAGGUUGACAGUCGACAAGAAGAAGCUAUUUUUGUUGUCCAGAAAAGGGAGAAAGAGGCACAGGAAGUAUUUAAGAGUAAAGAAUUGGAAUUGCAAUCGAAACUAAAAUUUGAAAAGGAGAUGUACGAGAAGAAAAUAAUUGACCUUGUGUAUACCGUCGAGUCUUACAAAACAAAAAACUUGGAGUUAAAUAGUACUGUGGAGGGACUUGAAGCUCAUGAGAAACAGUUGAAGAAUAUCAUAGAAGCAAACUCAACCGAAAUAAAAAAGAACAAUCAGAAGAUAGAGGAACUGACCGCAGAACUUGAACAACUUACUGAGGCUUACAACGCGGUGAAACAGCAGAUGGAACUGAAAACUUCUCAUGUAGAAGAAAUCACAGCAAUUUUGAAAAACAAGUGCGACAUGGUAUCCGAAUAUAAGACGAAGCUUGAAACUAUCACGCCAGAAUAUGAAACAUUAAAAGAACAUAUUAAAGAUAAAAAAGAAGUCAUCGAACGAUAUAGGCAGGAAAUUGAAACAUUAAAGAGGGAAAGGGAAGAACAACUAGAAAUAAUCAAGGACAAGUUGAAAUCAGAGGAAAUAAAAAAUGCUGGAUUGAUCAAGCAAUUAAAUGAAUUGAACAACAAGAACGUUGCAUGGAUAGAGGAAUUGAACGCGUUGAAAGAAAAGUAUGAAGAUCUUCAACAAGCAAAUGCGAAACUGGAAAGCAAAGUCAGAAACAGUACUAGCAAAAUCAGAGCAGAAGCAGAAAUGGAAGAACUGAAGGAGGUGAACAGAAGACUGCAAAGCACUUUUGAAGGUGCAAGUAAUCGUGUGACGGAACUUCAAGAAGUAAAAAAUCAGACUCUCAGAGAGUUGAUCGACACUAAGGCUAUGUAUGAUCUGUUACUGCAAGAGAAUACGGUGAUGAAGAAAACUUUAUCAGCAUACGAAUCCAAAUACACAUCUUUAAAUUCGACAAUGGGUGAAAGCCAAUUGGAUGCGCUUCUAUUAGAGAAGAACACAAUCGCGUUGGAACUGGAAUAUAAAAAAUUAAUGCUGAAUCAAAAGGAAAAAGAAAUUGCGGACUAUAAUAUUCAGGUACAACAGCUACAAGAAAAGAAUAAAGAACUGGACGAUGAGCUAGAAGAAUAUGCGGCGGUAAUUCAGGAGCGAAACAUUGAAGUUUCUGAACUAGAGGGUAAACUAAAUUCCCGUUUAACAGAAAAUAUUCGUAUUAAUGAAUUAGAGGAGAAAUUGCAGAAUGUUAGUGAAGAGAAUGAGAAACUUCGAAGUCAGAUCGAUGGACUCAAAAUGAGACUGCAAAUGGACACAGAGCAAACGGAAGACAUCAAAUCAAGACAAAAUGAAAAUGUUAUUCGUAUAUUGCAAAAAGAGAAUCUAGACUUGUUCAUGAAGUUAAAGGAUUACAAGAAACAGUUGGACACGAAACUUAACAGCAGCGAUGCUAAUGGACUUAAAGACACAACAAUGGACCAGUCGAGAACUCCAAGUAAAAAGGUACAAAAUAACUUUGAAAGCGCGUGGACCCGUAUCACAGAUCUCCAAGGUGAGAAAUAUGAAAUUAUGAAGGAAUUGGCUGAUUCUAGACGACAGUGUGAUAUUUUGUCGAAAGAGAAUAUCGAGGUAAAAAAAACACUGCAGUUGUAUAAAUCCAAGCUAAAUGCACCGAACUUGACGAAAGAAGGCGAGAUAUUUUCUGACGUCCAGCAAGAAGAAAACAAAAUUACAUGGAAAUUGGAAACUCAAACUUUACUGUUGAGUCAAAAGGAGAAAGAACUUAAAGAAUGUGUAAAUAAAAUACGAGAUUUAGCGACUAAGAAUAAAGAUCUUGAUGUUGAACUUGGAAAAUAUGCGGCCACUAUUCACGAACGCGACGUAGAAAUUUCGAAACUGAAAGGGAACCUAAAUUUGUUGAAAGACGAAAAUAAUAAGCUUAGAAGUGAAAUUGGAGAGCUUUACGUUAGACUAAGAGGCAAUAUGCACAACGAGAGUGUAAAAAGGCAGUUACACAGUAGUGUAUCCGAGAAACAUGUCAGUGAAUACGAGGAUAAAUGUCAACAAUUGAAAAAGAAGAUGCAUGACUUAGAACUGCAACUGGUGUCGAAGAAUGGAAAAAUUGCAACGUUAGAACUUCAGAUCCAAAGUGAAAAUUUUCCACAUCAGAGAAAAUGCAAAGAAUUGGAGGAACGCUUACUUGUUUGCCGUAGUAAGAAUACAGAGUUGAUGUCGGAAUUAAGGAAACUUCAGAAGACUACGAACGAUAUUAAUGCAUGGGAAUGCGAUAUCUGUAGGCGUUGGCGUAUAAAUAGAAAAGAUCAGGGCUGUCAAACGAUACCUAACAACACAGUACGUUUCUGCAGCAUUAACAGCGGUGUUGUCGAUGAGCACAUAAGGAUACAAAAAUUGGAGAAGGAGAAGACAUUAAUGAAAGAAUUGUGUCGUUCCCGAUCUCGACGUAUAAAAGAACUAGAGGAUAGAUUAAAAGGACUAGAAGAUGCUAUUACAGAGAACCAAAAUCAGUGA